AUGGCGUUAAUAAGGUGCUCAUUCAGGUGGAUCAAGCCCUUGGCUGCAAAUCCCUGGUUGCUUAUACUUAUCCUCUUUUCUAUGCAACAUGUAUAUGCGAGCGGAAAGAAGUUUAUUGGGCCUUGCGGAGGAAGAGACUGCUCAGUUUGCCAGUGCUUUCCUGAAAAAGGGUCUCGGGGUCAACCAGGACCAUCAGGACCACAGGGUCCUAUUGGACCCCUGGGACUGCCAGGACCCAUUGGAAUUCCAGGAGAGAAAGGGAUGAGAGGUGACAGUGGCCCUCCUGGAGCAGCAGGUGACAAAGGUGAUAAGGGUCCAACUGGUGUUCCAGGAUUUCCAGGUUUGGAUGGCAUACCUGGGCACCCAGGGCCUCCUGGAUCCAGAGGCAAGCCUGGCAUGCAUGGCUACAAUGGCUCAAGAGGUGAUCCAGGGUUUCCCGGAGAAAGAGGAGUUCCUGGACCAAGAGGCCCCCCAGGUCUUCCUGGGGAAUAUGGAGAGAAAGGAAAUUCCGUGUUCAUUUUAGGUGCCAUUAAAGGAAUUCAGGGCGACAGAGGGGCCCCAGGACCUCCCGGCUUGCCGGGACCCAGGGGUGCAAGGGGACCAGCGGGCCCAAUGGGACAUCCGGGCGACCCUGGGUUAGCGGGUGCUCCGGGCCAUCCUGGGAGACCAGGCUUGAAGGGUAAUCCUGGCGUGGGAGUGAAGGGGCAAAUGGGAGACCCGGGUGAAGUUGGCCAGGAGGGUUCUCCUGGACCCACCUUACUGGUACAGCCACCUGAUUCCUGCCUGUAUAAAGGAGAAAAGGGCAUAAAAGGAAUGCCUGGUAUAACCGGACCUCCAGGACCACCGGGACCCAAGGGAGAACCUGGAUUUGGGGCCAAAGGAGAGAAGGGGAUCCCUGGGUUCUCAGGACCUCGGGGUGAUCCUGGUUCCUAUGGAUUGCCAGGUUUUCCAGGAUUAAAGGGGGAACCAGGACUGUUUGGAGAUCCUGGAUCAUUUGGAUUUCUUGGCCCAAAGGGGGACCCUGGAGAUCGCGGGUACCCAGGACCACCGGGUGUUUUGGUAACUCCAUCUCUUCCACUCAAAGGCCCCCCUGGGGAUCCGGGGCAUCCUGGCCGCCACGGAGAAACGGGGUCUAUUGGACCACCCGGUCCACCUGGUCCGUCAGGACCGCCAGGGGAAUCCUGUGCAGGCAUGAUGGGACCCCCUGGGCCAAGAGGGUUUCCGGGUCAUCCAGGAUUUCCAGGGGCAGCCGGUGUCCCGGGGAGAGCUGAGGCCACUCCAGGGAAACCAGGGGACCCGGGACCACCUGGGUUGCCCGGAGCUCCAGGACUGCAGGGCCCUCCGGGAUCUGAUGUUAUAUAUUGCAGUGCUGGGCACCCUGGACCACAAGGAAUAAAAGGCAAAGCGGGUCCUCCAGGAAGAAGAGGCUCAAAAGGAGAAAAAGGAGACGCAGGGCUCUGUGCCUGUGAGCCUGGCCCCAUGGGCCCACCAGGCCCUCCGGGACUUCCUGGGAGGCAGGGUAGUAAGGGAGACUUGGGGCUCCCUGGGUGGCUUGGAGAGAAAGGUCAUCCAGGCCCUCCGGGUGCUGAAGGAUCUCCAGGACCACCAGGAAAACCCGGUGCUGCAGGGCCACCUGGCAGUAAAGGAGAAAAGGGUGACCUGGUUGUAUCAAGAGUGAAAGGGCAGAAAGGAGAAAGGGGUCCUGACGGGCUCCCAGGAUUUCCAGGGCAACAGGGACAACAUGGCCGUGAUGGACUUCCUGGAAGAAGGGGGGAACCAGGACCCCCGGGGGAUCAUGAAGCUGCAGUCCCAGGUGAUAGAGGGUCUCCUGGAUUGCCAGGGCCCCCGGGCAGAACAGGACCUAAGGGGAAACCAGGACUAGGAUUUCCCGGCCCACCAGGAGAGAGGGGGCCACCAGGAGCUCCAGGCCGUCCCGGCGAGAGGGGCCUUGCAGGCUUGAAGGGUCAGAAAGGAGAAACAAUUUCUUGUAACAUAACCUACCCUGGGAGACCAGGGCCUCCAGGUUUUGAUGGACGUCCAGGACCAAAGGGACUUCCGGGCCCUCGGGGAGCCCCAGGGUUGAGGUGUUUGGAUGGGCCAAAGGGUCAGCGUGGCAAACCAGGAAUAUCAGAAAUACCUGGUCCACCUGGUUUCCGUGGUGACGUGGGAGAUCCAGGUUUUGGAGGUGAAGCGGGGUCCUCCCUUCCCGGGCCCCCAGGCGCUCCCGGUUCUCGCGGAGCAAAUGGUCAGAAAGGACUCAUGGGAGACACUGCCUAUGGCCCCCCAGGCCCCUCGGGAGACAGAGGUUUUUCAGGGGUGCCGGGCUCAAAAGGACACAGAGGUGACCCAGGACACCCAGGCUUUGCAGGGCCAGCUGGCUUGCCCGGGUUCCCAGGAUUCAAAGGGCCCAGAGGCAGAGAGGGAAGCGCUGGGUUCCCCGGGAUCCCAGGCCCACCUGGCCAGUCCUGUGAGAGAGGCGCCCCAGGGACACCAGGGCAGCCGGGACUCCCUGGGGCUCCGGGCAGUCCAGGUGCCCCAGGUUGGAAAGGACAGCGAGGGGAUGUGGGGCCUCCUGGUCCAGCUGGAAUGAAGGGCCUCCCUGGAGUCCCAGGACGGCCAGGGGUAGAUGGAGCCCCAGGACCCCCAGGAAUCCCAGGCCCCUUAGGUGAUGACGGACUGCCUGGUCUUCCGGGCCCAAAGGGAUCCCAGGGGCUGCCUGGCUUCCCAGGUUUUCCAGGGGAGAGAGGAAAGCCUGGCCUGGAGGGGGACCCCGGCACUAAGGGGGAACCAGGAGAGAGGGGUCGGCCUGGCUUGCUCGGAGACCGGGGCAUGAAAGGCGUCAAAGGAGCACGGGGACCCCCAGGAGAUGAAGGAGAGAUGGCCGUAAUUUCCCUAAAGGGGAAAACUGGAGAACCUGGACCUCCUGGAGAUAGUGGAUUCCCAGGAGAAGAAGGUGAUAAAGGCCAUCCCGGGAUGCAGGGGAGGAGAGGAGAGCCGGGAAGAUACGGACCACCUGGAUUUCACAGAGGGGAGCCUGGUAGAACCGGGCAGCCGGGGCUCCCUGGAGCCCCAGGCCCUCCAGGCUCACCCGGGCUCAGAGGGAUUAUUGGUUUUCCGGGCUUCCCAGGUGACCAGGGUGAGCCAGGUUCUCCAGGGUCCCCUGGACUUUCAGGAAUCGAUGGAAAGAAAGGCCCUAAAGGAGAGCAAGGGGACCCUGCUAGUCAGUUCGGCCCACCUGGUCCAGAGGGAGAACCAGGCAGCCCUGGAUGUCCAGGACAUCUUGGGGCACCUGGAGAGCGGGGCUUGCCCGGUGUUCAAGGGCCCAGAGGACCACCUGGAAGGCCAGGACUUCCUGGCUCCUCUGGACCACCAGGCUGUCCAGGUGACCCAGGGGUGCCUGGGCUGAAGGGACAUCCAGGAGAAAUGGGGGCUCCUGGGCCAAGAGGCAUGACGGGAGAUCCGGGGGCACCAGGCCUUCCAGGAAUAAAAGGUCCCCCCGGGUUGCCUGGUCUGAAUGGCUUGCAUGGUUUAAAGGGUCAGAAAGGAUCCAAAGGCGCUUCAGGUUUGCAUGAAGUGGGCCCACCUGGUCCAAUGGGCAUACCUGGGCCGAAAGGGGAGACCGGAGACCCGGGGAGCCCAGGAAUUUCUCCCCCAGGACUUCCUGGAGGAAGAGGUCCCCCCGGGCCCCCAGGGCGACCUGGAUCACCUGGGCCUGAAGGUGCCAAAGGAAGAGCCCCUAUAGGCGUCAUUCCUGACCCGGGUCCACCCGGAGAUCAGGGACCCCCCGGCCCUGAUGGUCCAAGAGGAGCACCCGGGCCUCCGGGCCCCCCUGGGAGUGUUGACCUUCUAAAAGGGGAACCAGGAGACCGGGGUCUGCCGGGUCCCCCGGGUCCCCCGGGCCCACCAGGCCCUCCAGGACGCAAAGGCUUCCCGGGAUGUGAUGGAAAAGAUGGCCAGAAAGGACCAAUUGGAUUCCCAGGACCGCAGGGGCCACCUGGACUUCCAGGACUACCUGGGGAGAAGGGUUUGCCUGGCUUUCCAGGCAGCCCAGGGCCCCCUGGGCACCCAGGUGCCAGAGGUGAACCAGGGCCACCAGCAGAUGUGGAUUCCUGCCCCCGAAUCCCUGGGCUUCCUGGGGUACCAGGCCCAAGAGGACCAGAAGGAAGCAUGGGGCCCCCUGGAAUGAGAGGCCCCCCAGGAGCAGGGUGCAAAGGAGAGCCGGGGCCGGAUGGCAGGAGGGGUGAGGACGGCCUCCCAGGGCCUCCUGGGCCUCCUGGAAGCAGAGGAGACGCGGGAGAAGCCGGCUGUCCUGGAGCACCAGGCCCUCCUGGGCCCAUUGGGGAGCCCGGGCCCAAAGGUUUUGGGCCUGGAUACCUCAGUGGCUUCCUCCUGGUUCUCCACAGUCAGACAGAUGGAGAGCCCUCCUGCCCGGCCGGCAUGCCCACGCUCUGGACGGGCUACAGUCUGUUAUACCUGGAAGGACAGGAGAAGGCUCACAGUCAAGACCUCGGUCUGCCGGGGUCUUGCCUUCCCAUGUUCAGCACACUGCCCUUUGCCUACUGUAACAUCCACCAAGUGUGCCACUACGCCCGGAGAAAUGACCGGUCGUACUGGCUGGCCAGCGCCGCGCCCCUGCCCAUGAUGCCACUCUCGGAAGAGGAGGUCCGCCCGUACAUCAGCCGCUGUGCCGUGUGCGAGGCCCCGGCUCAGGUGAUAGCGCUGCACAGCCAAGACCAGUCCAUCCCCCCGUGUCCCCGGACCUGGAGGAGCCUCUGGAUCGGAUACUCGUUCCUGAUGCACACAGGGGCGGGGGACCAAGGAGGCGGGCAGGCCCUCAUGUCACCUGGCAGCUGCCUGGAGGAUUUCCGAGCGGCGCCGUUCCUCGAAUGCCAAGGCCGCCAGGGAACGUGCCACUUUUUUGCAAACGAGUAUAGCUUCUGGCUGACAACGGUGAGGCCAGACCUGCAGUUUUCCUUGGUGCCAUCGCCAGACACCUUAAAAGAAAGCCAGGCCCAGCGGCAAAGAAUCAGCAGGUGUCAGGUCUGCAUGAAAUACAGCUAG